CGGAGAGGGCAGCGAGAACGCGCAUCUCCGUCCUCCGCUCGUGAAGACACUGCAGGGGAGCCAGAUGCCCGACUGCGAGGCGCUGCCUGUGGAUCCUCAUCCCGAAUGCCAGAGCAGGCGACACAUCUCAUCCCACCACAAAGAGGAGGAGGAGGAAGAAGAAGAACUGGAGGAGUGAGAGAUUGUGCUUUAGUGAUUUCACCUUACACGUCCAACUCGCUAUCUCACUAUCUCAGCGUCUGCUUCAAAUGAAGAGCCUCUUUGGACUAGGAGUACCGGGCAUCGUUAGAAAAAAACACCCCGUUAUUCCACUACUGCUGCGGUGCCGCUUACUGUGAAUUUGGAAUAUGUCGUGCGGCUCUAUGCACCAAAUCAUGGAGAUUAUAUCACGUGGAUUUACGCUUUUUUAACAAAACUGGACAUCUACAGUAACAUCGUUUUAGUUUAUCCUUUUUGAUUGCGUCCACCCCCUUUCUUCUGUUUUGUUCUUUCAUUUGAUUCGUGCCUACUUUUUAUGAUUUCAUGUAUGUAGCUUCUUCUUUAUUUUUUUUCUUUUGUUUAUUUAUUUUAUACUUUCUCCCCUUUCCCUUCCUUUUUUUUGGACUCGAUGAAGUGGGAUGCCUCGCGGAAAACAUUAGUGGGGCGCAGCAGCAAAACGUGAAUGAAUAAUAGUCUCCUUCUCCGUCUGAGACGUGCCAUGGAUGGGAAACUAAACUUGUGUCCACGGAACCUAUCGGAGAAUAGCCUCCUCCUCAAAUAACUGCUGCUGCUGACAGCGACAAGGACGAAUGUCAUAGGAUGAACACUGCUGGUGGGGUGUGUCUGUCUGUGCUGUCCUCCCUCCUGGCUGUGGCUGGGGCCCUGGCUGCUCUGUCUGCCCUCGCUCUAGCGCCUCUAUCUACCCUAGUUGAGGUUGCCUAUGGGGCUGCCGAUAGCAUCCCCAGCACAGGGGCAGAAGGGAGUCUCUCACCCAUCUCCUCAUCAUGCUCCAGCCUUGUAGCGGGGGUGCUCUACGGUUCUUUCUCCCUAAGGGAGCUUUUUCCCUUCAGGACACCUGGUUGCUCAUGGUCCUUGGAAAAUCCAGAUCCUACAAAGUACUCCCUCUACCUCCGCUUCACCCGAAACCCUACUAUCUGCCAAAUGCACCACCCUAUGCUCCUUUCUCUUGACCACCACCUAGCCAAUCAAAGCUGCCCUCUUCAUCUGCAGACGGCAACAGCCAGGGAUCAGGAAAUCAUUGAUCUCUGCGGCAGUCCCUUGAACUCAGACAGACCUUACGCCUUCCUGCAGUUUGACAAAAACUUUGUGCAGCUAUGUCUAACGAGACAUCCUGCCACAGACGAGCCUCAGGUAACUAAGGAGUUGCUGGAGCAGAGGCUGGUGGAGGUAUUGCUCAUCAACAAUGAGAACUCUAGUCAGUUUACCUGCGGCGUGCUGUGCCGUUGGUUUGAGGAGUGUCUGCGGACGGAUCACGAUGCGGAUCAGGAGACCUCCGAUAGGGAUGUUUGUGGGAUGACACAGACUGGCUGUAUUUGUCCUAAUCACAACCUCAUGGCGCCGCCAAUUCCACUACUUCCGGAGACGCCACACGGUUUCAGCAAUGGUUCCCUCGUUCCUGGUGACUGCUGUGUAACUGAACUGCAUCCUAAUGAGGCAAUUGCCAUAGCACCCCGAGAUGUCCGACAAGACCCAUACGAUGAUGACCUGAAGGUGAAGACCCAAAGACCACGAUCAGCUGACCUGCCAGGUGUGUUUCAGGCACAAACAGGUGAUCCAGCGGCAGAGGAGUGGUCGCCAUGGAGUGUGUGUUCUCUGACCUGUGGGCAAGGCUGGCAAGUGAGGACGCGGUCGUGUGUCUCCUCUCCUUAUGGCACACUUUGCAGUGGUGCUCUGCGGGAAACACGCAUGUGCAACAACACGGUUUCUUGUCCAGGGGAACCUGGCAUCAUAAGUUCAGUGCAUGGGCAGUGGGAAGAGUGGUCAUCGUGGAGUCUGUGCUCUGUGACCUGUGGGCGGGGCUUCAGAACACGCAUCAGGAAGUGCAUGGAUGGAGGUGGGGUCCAACCUUGCGGACAGCCAGAGAUUCAAACCAAACCCUGCAACAUUGCCGUUUGUCCUGUGGAGGGCCAGUGGUUGGAGUGGGGCACCUGGUCGAAAUGCAGCGUAACCUGCAACACGGGGACCCAGCUGAGGCAGAGGCGCUGCAGUCCCUCGGUGCAUGGCUGGGCUGAGUGUAAGGGGCCUCAUCAGGAGAGCAGGGAAUGCACAAACCCUUCAUGCACUGGUGGAGGUAACUGGGGCAGCUGGAACCACUGGAGUCUGUGUAGCAAGACGUGUGACUCCGGGUGGCAGCGACGCUACAGGAUGUGCGAGGCCAGCGGAGUACAAGGCUACCCCUGUGAAGGUUCAGGGGAGGAAGUCCGUUCCUGCAACGAGAAGAAGUGCCCUGCUCCUCAUGAGAUAUGCAAAGAUGAACACCUCCUUUCAAUGUCAUGGAAGAGAGCCUCAGCUGGAGAAACUGUCUACAACAAGUGUCCAACAAAUGUUAUCGGAUCUGCUAGUCGUCGAUGUAUGCUGGACAAUAACGGAGUUGCUUUCUGGGGUCCUCCGAGCUUCGCCAGAUGCGUCUCCCUUGAGUAUAGACAAUUACAUUUAGCUUUACUCGAGCAUCUUGCGAAGGGUCAGAGGACCCUGGCCGGGGAGGGGAUGUCUCAGAUCGUACGGAGUCUCCUGGAACUUUUGCAGAGGAGGAGCUACUACAGUGGCGACCUUCUCUUCUCCACGGAGAUCCUGCGAAAUGUGACGGACACCUUCAAAAGAGCAACCUACAUCCCAGCUUCCGACGACGUGCAGAAAUUCUUCCAGAUUGUCAGCCACAUGUUGGACUUGGAAAAUCUUGAGAAGUGGGAGGACGCACAUCAGGUCGCUCCUGGUGCUGCUUUGCUGAUGAGAAUAUUAGAAGAUUUUAUUCAUUUCAUUGGAGAAGCACAGAAGCCUUUUCAGAGUUUUCUGACAGUGACAAACAAUCUCAUGAUAACCAUACAACGAGAGCCAGUGUCAGCAGUGUCAAGCGAUAUCAACUUUCCCAUGAAGGGACGGAGAGGGAUGAAAGACUGGGCCAGAACAGCUGAGGAUAAGCUCUACAUCCCUAAGGAAGUCUUUACUAUCCCUGCUGAGGAGCCCGAAACAGAAUCAGAAACCACAAUGUACUACGUCAUUGGAGCCAUUUUGUACAGGACCCUUGGUGUCAUCUUACCUGGACCAAACCCUCCCGCCGUGAUCAACUCCAAGAUACUGACUGUGACAGUGCGACCUGAACCGCAGCCAAGUGAGCCCAUGGUUGUGGUGGAGCUGUCACCGCUUUUGAAUGGUACAUCAGAUCCUCAGUGCGUUGUCUGGAACUAUGGCAACCCGGAAGCUGGCGCAGAAAACUGGGGCACAGAAGGCUGCCAAACGGUUGCAUCAAACACUGUCCACACCAAAUGCCUCUGCAGCAAGAUAUCCACCUACGCCGUGUUAGCGCAGCAAGCUAAAGAUCCGGACAUGGGUCCAAGCAGCAUGCCCUCAGUGCCCCUAAUGGUGGGCUGUGGAGUGUCCUGCACCGCUCUCCUCAUCCUGCUGCUCAUCUACGCUGCCUUUUGGAGGUACAUCCGGUCAGAGAGAUCGAUCAUCUUGGUGAACUUCUGCUUCUCCAUCCUGGCCUCCAAUUUAUUGAUUCUGCUUGGACAAUCUCAAACACUGAACAAGGGGCUGUGCACUGUGACUGCUGCUUUCCUCCACUUCUUCUUCUUGGCGUCCUUCUGCUGGGUGUUGACUGAGGCGUGGCAGUCCUACCUGGCUGUCAUUGGCAAAACAAGGUCGCGCAUCAUUCGCAAGCGUUUUCUGUGCCUCGGCUGGGGUCUUCCAGCCCUUGUUGUUGCAGUGUCGGUGGGUUUCACCAGAGCAAGGGGUUACGGCACAGCCAGCUACUGCUGGUUGUCAUUGGAGGGGGGCCUGCUGUAUGCCUUUGUUGGUCCUGCUGCUGUCAUUGUACUGGUGAACAUGCUCAUUGGGAUUGUGGUGUUCAACAAGCUCAUGUCUCGAGACGGCAUCUCAGACAAGUCUAAGAAGCAGCGAGCAGGUGUCCCGGCGGAGGCGCGUAGCCGACUGCUCCUGAAAUGCUCCAAGUGUGGCGUGAUCUCAAGUACCGCUAUGUCCAGCUCGACGGCCAGAAGUGCCAUGGCGUCCCUGUGGAGCUCCUGUGUGGUUCUUCCUCUGUUAGCCCUGACCUGGAUGUCAGCUGUGCUGGCCAUAACUGAUCGGCGCUCCACACUCUUCCAGAUCCUCUUUGCUGUCUUUGACUCUGUUCAAGGUUUUGUCAUCAUCACUGUCCAUUGUGCUAUGCGCCGAGAGGUGCAAGAUGCUGUGCGUUGUCGGAUGGGGGGAUGCAAAGACGACAGUGAAAACUCCCCUGACUCCUGCAAGAACGGACAGGUGCAGAUCAUGAGGGGCGUAUGUGGACAGCAGCAUGCCUCCCGUCAGAGCACACCCCUGUGUUUGUCUGGCUGUCACCCGCAGCUGCCAACACCGACGUGCCACCACACAAGCCAGCAGGCCUGUUACCAUAAUCUACCUAACAGCGGCCGCAACUGUUUGCUGGACCAGGGCCACACACAUGAGCACACCCCAUUACUCAACAAUACCCACAACCACGCUCCUAAUCACAUCGGCAGUCGAUCAACGGAUUUUGAGAAGGACGUGGACUUGGCUUGUCAAACAGAGAGAGGACACCCAUUCAUUUUCAAAGAGGUCAACACCUGUAACCCAGCCACCAUCACCGGAACGCUGUCACGAAUUUCCUUGGAUGAUGAGGAUGACCCAAAGCUUGCAGCACAUCAGGAGGGGAGCGUGGGAGUCAAUUUCAGCUCCCUUCCUGGAAACAUCCCACCUCCAAACCUUAUUGUACAGGUUCCAACUUUAGGGGGACUUAAUGAGCUGAGCGAGACGUCCCUAAAGAAGGAGGUAAACGUGGACCAGCAGAGACAGCAGGGCCAGCCACGUAGCACCGCUCCAAUCUACUUGUGUACCGAGAGCGGCCUGGGGUGGGCUCGGCCCCCCGCGUCCUCCAAUAAUUCGCAGGAUGGAAGCGCAGGAAGUGGUGGGAGUGGAGGAGGAGGCAGUGGUGGAGGAGGGGAAGGAGACUACAUGGUCUUACCUCGUAGGACAGUUAGUCUCAAACCUCCGGCACCGUCUUCGCAAGGAGGAGGUCUGGGACUUGGCGGCGAGGAGAAACCCCUCAACAUUGCAGUGGAGGACCCUCCUUUUCCCCCUCCCCCCUCUCCGCUUACUCUCCAUCCGGCCGAGAGUGAGGCCUAUCCAGCGGAUUUUGUACCGUCCAGCGUCGGUGACAUGAAUAUCACCAUGAACCUAAACCGCUCCUACGGGACUAUCAAAACCGUGCCCCAUGGGCAUGGUCACUUGAUGGGUCAGAGUGGGCAUGUGCACUCCCACGGAGGACACAUGCACUCCCACGCGCAUUCACUCCACCUAAAGCCAGGCCAGAGGCCAUCAGUCAGACAGAUUCUGACGGGGGGAACUACGGUGGAGAGAACCCGCACCCUUCCACGCAACCUGGGAAGCACCAAUGCCAACACCAGCCUCUCAGCGGGGUCCUUGGAGAGGAAAAGAGUACGGUAUUCUGAGCUGGACUUUGAGAAAGUGAUGCACACUCGCAAAAGACAUUCUGAGCUGUACCAUGAGCUCAACCACUCGUCCAAGUUCCACACCAUAGACAGGUAUAACAGGGACCCAGCCAUGUCCACAUUCAAGGUGCCCCCUUCCCCACCACCGAGGCACAACACAGAGUCAUCGCUAGCACGCAGAGCAUCUCUUGUUUACAAAGAAAGUCAACGUAAGGCAAAGUAAAACCAUUGUAAUCUUCACCAAAUAGAGCUCCAUUAACUCCAACUAAAACUUAGAUAUGAAACUGAUGUACUAUAUGCAGCAGUAUUCAUCUUGUAGUUUGCCAUUGUUUGUAUGUAGUAUUUUUCCACAUGAAAGCAACUCUUUAACCUUUCUCUAACAUUAUGUCUACUUUUAGUUGUACAUUAGAAGCUGUUACUGGGCCUGUCAAGCUUUGAAUUACUUCACUCUGGACAUUUGACUGAUGUGGGCUAAACUCUGUGUUAAAGUGAUGUUUUCUUUAAGUUUAAAGAAGAGAAAAUACUAAAAUAGAAGGCUCAUAGGCUAAAAUAGUUUACUAGCUAUGAAUUAACUGAUGCAGUAAAAGAAGAGGAUGUCAGUAUUAGAAUAAUUUGAUGAAUACAGCAUGUAAUAGAAUUAUUCUAUGCAGAGCAAAUUACAUUUUUAGGUUGAUUGUUCAGCUGUUGCGUUUUAUGUUGUUAGCGUUCAGACUAUUUCAAAUGAAUUUGAUUCACUGUAUUUACAUCGUACCAACAACAAACAAAUGUUGUUUAGGGGUACCUUCCCGUCAGUGCUAAGUGCAAUUCACAUUCAGGUAUACAAAAAACAAUUUGGUCAAAAUUAAAGCUUCAUUAGGGAGUUUUGAAAAAAAUGUGGGCUGGACUUUUCAAAAUUUUAAAAGGCACACCUUACAGGCCCUUCCCCCUUGCUCUACAGCACAGGGGAAGGGAGGCGCUACUGCCUCCCUCCACAACUCCUUCCCCACAGUUGAGCCUGCCGUGCUGCUCCAAUGUUUACCUGUCUUUGUUUUUUGAGCAGGUGCUACUCCAGAAAUUGGCAGUUUUCCUGUAAAGCAGGUUGUUUCCCUGCCAAUUUAUCACUCAACUGCAGCGGCACAUACAAAAGAGUGAUUGACACUGCCAACAACCAAUCAGAGCUAGACAUUCCUUGUGGCUCUGAUUGGUUGUUUCUGACCGGGGAGUGGUGUGCUUCUACAAAUGACAGUAGGACCAUUGGAAGGA